CACACGGAGGACUUCUAUAAAUCAAUUUCUGAUUUGGUUAAGUGUUCGCCAACUGUCGCCUGUCCGGCAUAGAAAGAACAGUUUUAGAGAUGGGUUGGAAAGGGAUAUUAGGGUUUGACUAUGGGAUCGUCCAGGGACCCUUGGGACCCGAUAUAUCAGGUCCAGAGCUCGUUGCCGCUGUUGCUAAUGCCGGAGGAAUUGGAUUACUCAGAGCCCCCGAUUGGGAAUCUCCAGAUUACUUAAAAGAGCUGAUAAGGAAGACAAGGUCUUUAACUGACAAACCCUUUGGGGUGGGCGUCGUUCUUGCAUUUCCACAUGAGGAAAAUAUAAAGGCCAUACUAGACGAAAAGGUCGCAGUGUUGCAGGUCUCCUGGGGUGAAUUUCCAGUGGAACUUGUACUCAAAGCUCAUCAAUCAGGGGUCAAGGUUGUCCAACAAGUUGGGAGCCUUGAAGGUGCCAAGCAAGCUAUUAAUGUUGGUGUAGAUGCACUUAUAGUCCAAGGGCAUGAAGCAGGAGGACAUGUCCUCGGUCAGGAUGGGUUGAUGGCACUGUUGCCAAGAAUAGUUGAUCUUGUGGGUGGUCGAGACAUACCUGUCAUUGCUUCGGGUGGCAUUGUGGACGAACGUGGUUAUGUUGCUGCAUUGGCUCUUGGCGCUCAGGGUAUUUGCCUCGGCACUAGGUUUCUUGCAACGGAGGAAAGCUAUGCUCACCCUAUAUAUAAAAAGAAGUUGAUUGAGCUUGAUGAAACUGCAUACACAGAUAUAUUUGGUCGAGCAAGGUGGCCUGGAGCACCACAGCGUGUCCUGAAAACACCUUUCUUUAAUGAUUGGGGGCAUCUUCCAGAACAUGAGAAUGAGGUCAACCAGCCAGUCAUUGGCCACUCAAUAAUACAUGGCAUGGAGAGGGAAAUCCGACUUUUUGCUGGUACAGUUCCAAAUGUGACGACAACAGGUGACAUUGAAAGCUUGGCCAUGUAUGCUGGCCAAGGUGUAGGCCUCAUCAAGGAAAUCAUACCUGCAGGUCAAGUGGUAAAGAGGCUAGUCGAAGGAGCUCAGCUUUUAAUCCAACAAAAAUUCCGUGCAGAGACGAGUUGAAGAAAGGAGGAUUACCCUAAACUCAUAACGACUAAUCCGUUUGCAAACUGUAAUGAACUUGGUUAGUGGGUGGUACACUAAAAGGUCUUGAUCGGUAAUAACUGCAUUGCAGUUCACUGGUGCUCAGCCUGAACAAAUGCAUUUGCUUCUUUGUUGAUGCUGUGUUUGAAAUUCAAAUUGUCAAUAAGAGGCAAGUUAUGUAAUCUUUUUGAAAUUGGUUUUCUGGUUGUGA